GAGGGUGAUGCUAAAACCAUCGAUCGUCAUAUUUACAAGCAGGGCCACUGCAUGGAAGAUGACGUCUAUACGUGCUUGCUUAGACGACAUGUACAUAGAUAUCCCGAAGAUGGUAGCCACAAGAUGUGGGUGCUUCCACAACUAAUAAUACUCUUCUCAACUGGAGAUGUAAGCCAGGUAACUAAAGCAAUUGUAAAGGAUAUGAUGCACCCGAUUGGGAGUGGCCUGGUCGCCAGCGUUCUUGUGGAAGAAUCGAUACGUGAGGAGGUGAUUCAAAAAAUUGGUGCUAACUUAAAACCAAUGGAUGAACGGCUGCACCAACAUCCAAAUUACCUGAGAUCGCUCAAGCUCAUAGACCGCAUGAAUUGCUCAACCAUACACAUAGAGGAGUACGAGGACGGGGACACUGAAAAGAGGUAUAGCCACAUAAAGCCUGGUUCCCCCGUAGUGGUAUUGGAUUUCCCGCAACACUAUUUCGGUGACAAACCGACAGCUGUAAUAACUAUGAGCACCUUUCGAAACUUCAAUGAAGUUGUAAAACUAUACAAACGGGAGGGUUUGAGCUUCGAUUCGGUUUCUGUGUGGUCACUUAAGUUGGCACAGUGCUUCGAGCUGGUGACUAGGCUGCCGGAGCCCUUACACUGGACCUUUAAUAGUAUGAAUGUGCCGGUUGACUUCCUGAUAAAAACUCCUCAAUCGAACGGAUCAGUUUCCGUAACCCAAAACAUGCACUACGAGCUCCAUGCCAUCAACGGAAAAUAUAAAACAAUUGCUUUUCCAAUUUGUCACGACCUUGAAAAUUGAUAUUCUGCGGAAUCAAUAUACCAUGUAAUACAAAUUUAUAAAUAGAGGAGCCCAAAUGACUCGACCGAUUUGUAGGAAAUGUUUGUUGAGAAACCCACCUAAUGGUGGGUAUGAGAAUAGGUCGCAAAGUAUUUUUUAACCUUCCUACCACCAUCCACCUUAUUUACACUCGA